GCUCAUCUCCAUCCGUGGGCGUGCAUGAUUUUAACUGAAGCAAAAUUAGCUCACUGCACCAAACUGCUCCUUGCACAGCGAAGCUGAAUUUCUGCUCCCUUCUGAGAUGAACAAAGUCUGCGACCGGGCGGAGGCUCAGGGUCCUGUGUUGUGGGUCCCGGCAGCCCAGGGCCUCUCUCAGCCCUGGCAGCACAGCACUUCCCGCCCAGGAGCGGGCCGUGGAGGAGAAGGUCCCGCCCUCCACUCAGAUCUGCUUUUAGAGAGGCCCCGGUGAACAGCCACUGGGCCAGUUCGUUCGCGCUUCUCUGGGUCACGCGGGUUAGGAAGUACCCCUCUAACGGCCCAGCGGGGGUAAGUGACGGCACUGCCUGGCGCUGUUCAGGCCAGGAGAAGGGACCCCAGAUCCGCCCUAAAGAGAAAGCACCACGUCCGCGGCUCCUCCUAAGCAGAAGAGGGAGGCCAAGCUCUCGCACAAGCGCCUAGCCAGCGCCGCGUCGCACUUCCGGCCGCCCCAUUCUGCAUCCGGGUCAUGACCCCUCCCAUCGGCGGCCCCUGACAGGAACCGGAAGUGGACCCCAAGCCUGGAGGCGGAAGCGUCUCCGUCACCAGCCGGCUGCUGUGCUGGCUUGCAAGCUGACCCGGGCUGAGCGGGCGGGCGGCGUAGGGCGGCGCAGGGCGGCGCCAUGAAGCUGUACAGCCUCAGCGUCCUGUACAAAAGCGAGCCUAAGGUGGUGCUGCUCAAAGCCGCGUCCGAUGUGUCCUCCUUCAGCUUCUUCCAGAGGUCCAGCGUUCAGGAAUUCAUGACCUUCACAAGUCAACUGAUAGUGGAGCGCUCGGCGAAAGGCAGCAGAGCCUCGGUCAAAGAGCAAGAGUAUCUGUGCCACGUCUACGUCCGGAGUGAUGGUCUUGCGGGUGUGGUCAUUGCCGACAGCGAGUACCCAGCCCGGGUGGCCUUUUCCUUGCUGGAGAAGAAUCCCCGAGAAGCCGACCCCAUGAGUAAAGUCCAAGCUGAGCUAGACGAGACCAAGAUCAUUCUGCACAACACCAUGGAGUCUUUGUUGGAGCGAGGCGAGAAGCUCGAUGAUUUGGUGUCCAAAUCGGAAGUCCUGGGAACGCAGUCUAAAGCCUUCUAUAAAACUGCUCGGAAACAAAACUCCUGCUGCGCCGUCAUGUGAUGCAGCCCAUGGAGGCCGGCACAGACCAUCACCACCGCUCGCAUCAGAACUGUCGCCGCUGGAGAAGAGACACCCCAAGAGGACCUGGGGCCGGGCGGACUGGUCAUUCGUAUUCUGAGUUCCCAGGAGGAACCAAGGGCUGGUGGAAGGGUGGGAAAUGUCCAAGUUCAUGUUUGUUGUGAAUUUUGCGAAGAAUUUGAGGUCCCCAAAGGUGUAUUUUUAGGAAAAUGAAACUAUAAACUCUGAGCGGCUCCUGUAGAUGCUGAAGGGUGCGUUCCUGCCUCCUGCAGGCCCCUGGGAGGCAGUUGAGAGCCAGCCCUGGUGUCCUCAGCAGACACCUCUGGGUCUCAUCUGUAUGCUAAUGGUGUUAACUCCAGCAAGGGGUGGUGACAGGGCUGAGCAGAGUGCAGGGUGGGGUGAAGCUGCUGGUGGGCUGGUGGUUCCCGCCCAGGCCGGUAGGGGGCACUGGUCACUGGGUCUCUUCACGUUCUGUUCCUGGUGCGUCCUGCUUCUUAGCCUUGGGGUUAGCUUUGUGAGGGCAAGGCUCAUCCUGGGCAUCUUCCACCCACUGUUCCAAAGGGUUUGGAAGGGGCUGAGGCAGGCAUGUGGGCAGAUCCAGGGAAGGGGCCAGCCUGGAUGUCCAGCUGUCAGCGGGGAGCAUUGGCCGCUGGGGAAGAUCCAGACAGAGGUGCCCUUGCCUGCCCAGAAUGAGGCACACCGCAGUGACCAGGCCGACCUUGGUCAUCAGGGUCGAAGUGGGUGCUGUACUCUCAGAACCGUUUGUGUGCCCCUCUGGCUACAAGACUGGGAGCCGCCUGGAACAUGAGCGCGCGGCAAGUCUGUCCAGUAGGCAUCAGGAGGAAGUGCCAGAGGCCAAACGAAGACUGAGCGCCCGUCACCCACCUUGGCCCUGAGGUCAGCCCUGGAGCCACUUCGCAGGAGAACCUGGCUGCCAGCCGCCUCUCCAUGCCUGGCUGUGCCCAGGGUGCCCGUGGCUUCCCCCUGGGUUGCUGUCGCCCAUCCUCAGAGUCUGCCCUGCUGCCAGGAGCUCCCUUGAGGGCAAAGGCAGGUGGGAAGGAGUCACCCUGCCCCCUGGGCCAGGACCUGCUGCUGCCCCUCUUCCCUGGUCACCGUGCUGCCCAAGGGCUCUGGCCUCACAUGGACUGGCCUGCGGUUAAUCCCACUGCCACGCGCUGGUACCUGAGCUGGAGUGAGGGGCCCGGACCCUGAGGGAGCAGCAAGGGGCGCGGGGGAGACAGGUGGAGGGUGGGGUGGGGGUCUGGGGGAGAGUCUCCCUGCUGCCUGUUGUAUGCUAAUGUCCAACUGUUUGGCAAUAACUGUUUUAAUAACUGUCACCUAACCUCUGUGUCCUGUGAGAGGUUCCUGUCUAGAUAAAGGUUUUUUUUUGAGAUUC